GGCUGCGGCCCCAGGACCGGGUUCUCUCAGACAAGAGGGCGGGCGGAGGAGGAAGCGGCCGAGCACCCGCCCGCCUCAGCAGACUUCGCACCGUCCGCUCCCAGGCCUCGCGGCACCGAGAAGGGGAGACCGAGGCGGACCGCGAGGACAAGAGGCGGCGGGGGCGCGGGGCGGAGGCGGCGCGGCCGGCCGCGGCUGCCGCUUUGUUGUGUGGCCCGGGCCGAGGAAGCAGAAGUGGGAGGAGGGGGGAGCUCUGCGUCCCGCUCCCUCCGCGGCUCAUGGCGACGGCGCUCGGCACAUCCGGGACCCUCCGGCCCUGGCGGCCGCGGCGCGGGCUGUUCGGACCCCGGCCCCGGCCGCUGUGGUGACUCCUCUGCGCCUCGCCGUCGGCCCAGCCCAGCCCAGUCCGCCCGCCCGCCCGCCGGCCCGCCGGCCGCGAGCGCCGCCGCCGCCGCCGCCGCCACCUCCCCCGCCGCUGGGGACAUGUCUAACCCCGGAGGCCGGAGGAACGGGCCCGUCAAGCUGCGCCUGACAGUACUCUGUGCAAAAAACUUGGUGAAAAAGGAUUUUUUCCGUCUUCCUGAUCCAUUUGCUAAGGUGGUAGUUGAUGGUUCUGGGCAGUGCCAUUCUACAGAUACUGUGAAGAACACACUUGAUCCAAAGUGGAAUCAGCAUUAUGACCUGCAGUGAAGUGAAAUCUACAAGAGUCCUGCUCGCUCAAGGCCUGCAUAUAGGGAAGAAGCAGGGGAAAAGCGUUACAAACAGCUUUGUUCUGCAGCAUUAAAAAUGUAACAGGUAUAUCGGAAAGUCUGAUUCAGUUACGAUCAGCGUAUGGAAUCAUAAGAAGAUCCAUAAGAAGCAAGGUGCUGGAUUUCUUGGUUGUGUUCGUCUUCUUUCCAAUGCCAUCAACCGCCUCAAGGACACUGGUUAUCAGAGGUUGGAUUUAUGCAAACUGGGGCCAAAUGACAAUGAUACAGUUCGAGGACAAAUUGUAGUAAGUCUUCAGUCCAGAGACCGAAUAGGCACGGGAGGACAAGUUGUGGACUGUAGUCGUUUGUUUGACAAUGAUUUGCCAGAUGGUUGGGAAGAAAGGCGGACUGCCUCGGGAAGAAUCCAGUAUCUAAACCACAUCACAAGAACUACACAGUGGGAACGCCCAACACGACCGGCGUCAGAAUAUUCUAGUCCUGGCAGACCCCUCAGCUGCUUUGUGGAUGAGAAUACUCCAAUUACUGGAACAAAUGGUGCAACGUGUGGACAUUCUUCAGACCCCAGACUAGCAGAGAGAAGAGUCAGGUCCCAGCGACAUAGAAAUUACAUGAGCAGGACACACUUACACACUCCUCCAGACCUACCGGAAGGCUAUGAACAAAGGACAACGCAGCAGGGUCAGGUAUAUUUCUUACAUACUCAGACUGGUGUGAGCACAUGGCAUGAUCCACGAGUGCCUAGGGAUCUUAGCAACAUCAAUUGUGAAGAGCUCGGUCCUUUGCCUCCUGGAUGGGAGAUCCGCAAUACCGCAACAGGAAGAGUUUAUUUCGUUGACCAUAACAACAGAACAACACAAUUUACAGAUCCCCGGCUCUCUGCUAACUUGCAUUUAGUUUUAAAUCGUCAGAACCAGUUGAAAGACCAACAGCAACAGCAAGUGGUGCCAUUGUGUCCCGAUGACACUGAGUGUCUGACAGUGCCAAGAUACAAGCGAGAUUUGGUUCAAAAACUAAAAAUCUUGCGGCAAGAACUUUCCCAACAGCAGCCUCAAGCUGGCCACUGCCGUAUUGAGGUGUCUAGGGAAGAGAUUUUUGAGGAAUCAUAUAGACAGGUCAUGAAAAUGAGGCCAAAAGAUCUAUGGAAGCGAUUAAUGAUAAAAUUUCGUGGAGAAGAAGGUCUUGACUAUGGAGGAGUUGCCAGGGAAUGGUUGUAUCUCCUGUCACAUGAAAUGUUGAAUCCUUACUAUGGUCUCUUCCAGUAUUCUAGAGAUGAUAUCUACACAUUGCAGAUCAAUCCUGAUUCUGCAGUUAAUCCGGAACAUUUAUCCUAUUUCCACUUUGUUGGACGGAUAAUGGGAAUGGCUGUAUUCCAUGGACAUUAUAUUGACGGUGGCUUCACAUUACCUUUUUAUAAACAGUUGCUUGGGAAGUCAAUUACUUUGGAUGACAUGGAGCUAGUUGACCCAGACCUUCAUAAUAGUUUAGUGUGGAUACUUGAAAACGAUAUCACAGGUGUUCUGGACCAUACCUUCUGUGUUGAGCAUAAUGCAUAUGGUGAAAUAAUCCAGCAUGAACUCAAACCAAAUGGCAAAAGUAUCCCUGUUACUGAAGAAAAUAAAAAAGAAUAUGUCAGGCUUUAUGUCAACUGGAGAUUUCUCCGAGGCAUCGAAGCUCAGUUCCUGGCGCUGCAGAAGGGCUUUAAUGAAGUCAUUCCCCAGCACCUGCUGAAGACAUUUGAUGAGAAGGAGCUGGAGCUCAUUAUUUGUGGACUUGGCAAAAUUGAUGUGAGUGACUGGAAGGUCAACACCCGGUUAAAACACUGUACCCCAGACAGCAAUGUCGUCAAGUGGUUCUGGAAAGCGGUGGAGUUUUUUGAUGAAGAGAGACGAGCACGGUUGCUCCAGUUUGUGACAGGGUCCUCUCGAGUGCCUCUGCAGGGCUUCAAAGCACUACAAGGUGCUGCAGGCCCACGGCUCUUUACCAUACACCAGAUUGAUGCCUGCACGAACAACUUGCCAAAAGCCCACACUUGCUUCAAUCGAAUAGACAUUCCACCCUAUGAAAGCUAUGAGAAGCUCUAUGAAAAGCUGCUAACGGCCAUCGAGGAGACAUGUGGCUUUGCUGUGGAAUGAUGGGCACCAAGGACUUACCUACAGCUCUUAUUUAUUCCCUGGCCAACAGCCUCCUUCAGCAGCGCUUCAGAGAACGCUGGGAUACAGGACAGCCUCCUCCCCUGUUCCUUAGAUUCUAGGACACUGGGAGGGGAAAGGACAAUUUUGAAAUUCCUUUUCAAGGAAAAGUAAAGGUCUUUAUGCUUUGCCAUGAGGACACACUCAGCUGCUAUUUAAAAAUUAAUACCUUGAACCUAAAGAAUGCUGACCCCCUGCGUCUCCAGAGUUAGGCAGUAUUCUACACUUAAAAGACUACUACUAUUUUUAUACAAGGUUAUCUCCCCAAAUUGCUUGUCAGACUCAUGUCUCUCCCGCAUAGCAAGACAACUCCAGCAGUCGGUACAAGUCACACUUCAUUUUGAUUGAGUACAUGAUUUUUGAACAACUCCUAUACCUGCUCUUUGUAAGAAAUUAAAUAAAGUUAUUUUGGAUUGUUCCACCUUUGUAAACAAUUGGCUAAAGAGGGAUCAUUACCUUGAUGAAAUUAAGCCAUUUACAUGUUUAGUUGUGUUUUUCUAUAGCAGAGUGUUAUAUUUUGCAUUAUGUGGGUCACCGUAGCUUAAGUGGGGUUUUAUAUUUUUCAAGUGUGACUUUCUUGGAAAUUCUUAAUGCAGCCAUUUAAACAGUUUAUUUGCUACCCUUCCUGUUUUUAAGAUGACUUAAAAAAAAAAAAAAGACCUCAUGUUCUUGAAUCAAGAAGAUCAGGUAUUUUGGAUUUACUUUCAUCUUAAAUUGAAAUACUGCAUUUUUAUAGCUUCUCAGUAUGUGAUGGGGUGGAUUUUCAUUCUUUGCUGGGUCAGCUUGUCUUUUAUAUGCUAUUUCUAUAAACCAAAGUCUCUAAUAAGUACAUCUAACUUAUAUUUUAAUUAAGUUUCUAAAAGGAAAAUUUUUGCUCUAAAAAUCGUUUAACAAGUUUGAGAGCCCUGCUUUUACCUCAUUGGUUGAGCUGGAGGUGGUAGUGGGCAUGGUGGGCCAAGAAUGUCAUACAUGCAUGACGUCAGCUGGGCUGACCAUGCCCGUGAUCCUGGCUCCUGGGAAGCUAAGGCAGAAGGGCCAGUUCAAGUUUGAGGCCAGCCUGAGCGACACAGCAGACCUUGCCUCACAUAAGAGUGACUCUAAGGCAGUCGUAUAAUUUACUCUAGAACUAAAGAGUUCAUGAAGUGAGGGACUGGAGGCCAGGCUGCCACACUGCUGACUUCAAGUGUGGAGGUUACGCUUUCAAGGUGUGUGGCCCAUCCUGUGAUCUAGAAGGUAACAAAAAUUCUGGGGUGAGGGGUUGCAACCAUUUAAAAAAAAAUCACAUUGGAUUUUAAAAUUCAACCAUCAGAACAAUGCACUAUUAUUUUUAAACAUGGAUGUGAAAGAAGAAUAGCAGAUUUUGCUGAGCUUGGCACAGGGCCAUGAGGAGCACUUGACAGGAAGUGUAACUCAGCCUGGUGGCCGACACCCGUGAUCCUGUCACUGGGGAGGCAGAGGCAGAAGCGUCAGCAUGCCAAGGCCAGUCUCACCUACACAGUGGAUUGAGGCUUCCUUGAGACCCUGUCUCAGAGGACAGGGAUGCAGUGCUAAGGAGACGCUGCUUUCAGUGGUUUUCCAUGCAGUGUAACACAGGCAAAUCCCACUGCUUUCUGAGUGCCUUUUAACUUUAUUACAGUGACUUGACAGAGCUUUAGAGGAAACUGCCCUAUGUAACGGUCUUCAAUAGCACAGACAUCAAAAACAUGGUUUAGAUUUCGAUUUCAAAAUUACAUUACCUGAUUACUUCCAAAUAGGUGCUAAGCAAACAAAAAUCCCCAGUGUCACAGAACCUGGACUUGCCUUGUGUUUAAUGUGAAUAUUUAUCUGUCCCCACGUCGCCUGCCUCCAGGCGCUCUGUUCCAUCAGGAAAGCUUCAUUCUGACCAAUGGUUCCCUGUGCUCACAUGCAGUAAGAGGCCACUAUUUUCUGGCACAAAGUUUUAAAGCAGUGCUGUGUAUCCUGUACAUUUGUUUUGCAGUUUGUUGCUCUGUAUUUUACAGUGCUCUCCCCACCCCACUCACAUUUACAGGCCAGAGCACAAAUUUCUCUUCUCCUAAAUCCACUAUAAUUUGCUUUCCUAGACAACACUAAAUCUGCCCUGAGCUUGCAGUGCAUCGGACAGAUGGCACUGGUGGGUGUUAGCCGCUUCCAGUGCCUGCAGGGUCAGCAGCACAGCCUCGCCCUUCAGCUGCAGCUUACGGUCGGGGCCACGUGUGGUGGUUAAUGUUCUCACACUAGGAUGAUGAUUGUACCAAAUGCUGAGUUGCUGAUUCUAGAUGUAAUUAGUUCACUUUAUGUAAUAUUCUCCUUUUCUCUAAACUGACUUUAAAAGCAAAGUUUUAUCAUUUCCAUUGUAUUUAUUACAGAAUGUUUUAGCCUUGAUAUUCUUUGUAAUUUCACUCAUUUGUUACAUGAGCUUUAUCAAUAACAUCUGUAUAAAUGGUUUUUAAAAAUUAACUAUGUACGUAUGUAUGUAUGUGCCCAUGCCGAAGCUGAGCAAUAAAAUGAAUGCUGUUUGCACUGUCACAGCAGCGAGGUUUGUAAGAA